GGAGGCCGGAUCAAACAACAUGGCAGUUCAACACCUGAGAAACCAGCCACUACUUGAACAGUCGGCUUCAUCGCUGAACGGAUAUUCUCUCUUUGUAACCCGUCACUUUUUACACGCGCUACAUCUGUGCCGACGGUUUACCGAGCCGUGUCUCUUCACCCCCCGCCCGUGAGCCCUCCGCCGGGGACUGAGCCGUGCUCUCGGUCGGUAUCAUUCACAGUGGAGCGGAUGUGCGCUUCCGCUUUGGCUGCAGCAGUGUUGUCACAGCGGGAGGAUGAACAACCAGAAAUGUAGCACCUUAUUUCAGAAACCAAGAGGACGGACGAGGAUUAUACAAUGUAUCUACGUGGUGGGCUUCAUGGACUUGUUUGGGGUGAGCAUGAUCAUCCCGCUGCUGAGCCACCACGUGAAAGCUCUCGGAGCAAGUCCCACUGUGGCUGGUAUUGUAGGAUCGACAUACGGGAUCUUACAGCUCUUCUCAAGCACAAUAGUUGGCAGCUGGAGUGAUGUGGUGGGACGGCGGUACUCUCUGCUGACCUGUCUGCUGCUAAGCGCUCUGGGCUACGGCCUGCUCGGAAUGUCCACCAGCAUUGCUUUGUUCGUACUCGCACGGAUACCUGUGGGGCUGUUCAAGCACUCCCUGUCCAUCUGCAGAGCCCUGCUGUCUGACCUGGUGUCUGAGUCAGAGCGCCCUCUGGUGAUGGGACACUUCAAUGCAGCCUCCAGUGUUGGCUUCAUCCUGGGUCCUGUGGUGGGUGGCUACCUCACGGAGCACGAGGGCGGCUUUUACACCUCCUCCUUCACCUGUGCGGUCAUCUUUCUCACUAAUGCAGGGCUUGUGUGGAUGCUGCCAUGGAGCGAGACGCUUAUUCAGCGUAAUGACACUAACUCUAGCAACGAUGCAAGUAAAGGUUGUCAUGACAACAACUGUAGUAAGUCGGUUCAAAAUGGCUCUCAUGCCAACAGUCACCACCCAGUGUUGGCAGCAGAGACUGAGCCAGGCUCCGGAGCUCCAGGGAAGCACCGAGGUGGCUUCAGGUGGAGGGAGGUGUCUCUGCUCCAGCCUGCCUGGAGACAGCUGUCCUCGGUGGGCUCCAAAAUCCACAUGGUGGCCUCCUCUGACAUGUGGGACCUCUUCCUGGUGCGGCUUCUGAUGGCGAUUGCUAUCAUGCUCUACUACAGUAACUUCUCUCUGGCCAUGGAGGAGCGAUUCUCACUCAAACCAAAGGUGACGGGGUAUCUGAUCAGCUACAGCAGCACCCUAGGGGCCCUGGCUGGGUUCCUGGUGGGUCCCGUCACCAAGCUCUAUGGGAACAACAUGCCCGCUCUGCUGCUCCACUCCACAGUUCUCACCUGUACACUCAUCUUCCUGUACGCUGCAGCGCCCAGUGUGUCGCAGGUGCUGCUCACCUCCACCUUCUUUGCCAUUUCCACCACUAUUGGACGGACAUGUAUCACAGAUCUGGAGCUGCAGAGAGGAGGGGUCCAGGCCAGCGGGACUCUGAUCGGAGCUGGGCAGUCGGUUACGGCUGUCGGUCGAGUCCUGGCCCCUCUCCUGUCUGGUCUGGCCCAGGAGUUCAGCCCUUGUGGCCCCCCCAGUCUGGGAGUGGUGCUCGCUCUCGCAGCUGUAGGUUUACUGCUCAUCAGGAUCCCCAAAUGGAACGGGAGAGGGACGACAAAAAAAGCCAAACUCUGAGUAACUGAGUUUAAAAUCAAUGCAAAUACACCACACAGAGAAGUGCUCUUAUUUGUAGGAGGCCAGCUGUGAGGAUGAACAGCAGACUCAGUGGGAAUGUUGUUUCCUGCUCAAAUGCCUCUGACAAACUGACGACUUCACAGGGUCACAACGGCACGUCACAACCAGCACUGCAGUCCCUCUCUCAGGAGGAGCGGUUUCAAAAGUCAAACACAGUGCUGAGAUGAAGUCAGGGCAGAAACAUAAGGGCCUUGUGUCGGCACAUACUGCUCGGGACAGCUUGGAAACAAUGCACACUUUUAUUUUUAAUGUUCUCUAACCACUACAUUGUCAAAAGUCCCUGAGGUUACUGUCAACUAGUGACGGGCAAAGCAGUUCUUCUCAGUGUAGUGACUCACAAGGAUCUGUCCAUCAAAUAGAUUUCUUCACUAAAUCGGUCACUGGAGCUCUAACCGCCCGUAGUCCCACUUGCUGAACUGAAACACCUGCUGAAUGUUCAGUCCAGUUCGACGACUAGUGAACUGAGAACUGAAAGCCAAAGUCGUACCCUAUCAUGUAUAGCCAAGUGGCAACACUCUGGGGCUGAAACAUGGGGCAAACUCAGCAUGCCAAAAACUGCAGUUCCUCUAAUGACCACUAGAGGCUGGCUCCAGAAGCAAGUCAAUCCCUAUAGACCCCCAUGUUAAAAUGACCAACUUCGCAGCAGAAAUAAACACAUUUACAGCCUGGUACAAAAACAGUUUUGGUCUCGAGAGCUAAUUUUAACAUUCAUGACAAUUGUAAGCAGACUGAAUUUUUAUUUAACUCACCCUUUUACCUUUUAUCAAGGCUUGAAGUAACACAUAUUUAAGGGCAGGCUGCUUUGAGUGACGCGCUGUCUGUGAGGUGUCUGAGACAGAUCCAAAUGUGGUCACUCUGGCAUCAAAAAACCAACAUGGUGACAGCAAAAAUGCUGAACUUAAGCUUCAAAACAGCACUCCACAAACCAAUGAGUGAUGUCUUGGUAGCUACAUCCAUUAUUUUUACAGUCUGUUCGCAGCACCUAAUUAUUAGAUAUAAAUUUGGUAGUACUUCCUACUUUGAGAGAAGACUAUUCAGUGACAGCUGGGACAUGGUCUUUGACUCUAUGGGAGUUACGGGGUAUAUAACAUGCAGUGUAACUGGAACUGCGAUGUUGGAAGGGCUGCAGCAGAUAGUGCUAGAAAUAAAGGGAUGGUGUCCACUAAGGUGCUUCUUGGGUGCACUUGAACAGAUGGGGGUUGAUAUACAAUAGAACAUUUUAAUUUAGAGCAGUGGUUCCCAACUGGUCCAAUCACGGGGUCCAGAUUUCACCUCAGUCAUUAAUUCAAGGUCCACACAGUUUAAUACAUUUAGCAUCAUGCUUUUGUUUGGCCAUGUCGUCAAGCUAGUUUGCUGUCUCUGUUAAGUAGCUGUCCAUUAGUCACUCAGUCUAUAGCAGGAAAUGGCACUCCAAAAUAAAAGCUCUGCGCCUGAAUUCACUGGACUUAAAAAUAAAGCAAAGUUUACACAUUUGUGAGUCACUUGCGGUCCAUUCAGAGUUGACUUGUGACCCACUUUUGGACCGCGACCCACCAGUUGGGAACCACUGAUAUAGGAAGUAUUUGUUUAUGUUUUUUUUAUUAAGGACCUUUUCAGUAAUAUAUUCCAACUCAAGGCUGAUUGCUGACCCCUCAGUGAACUAAAUAAAUCACCCCCAUGUUCUAUGACAGUGUGCCAGCUAUUGAGCCUCUCAGCAACUGCAGACCAGCUUUCACUUGCAUGUGUUGUACCCCAGUGAUAUGACGCAAUAUGAAGCUGUGACUUCUCUUUUUAACCUCCUUCCUUUGAGACUUCAAGACAUGAUAGGGUGGGAAAGAGGUAAGCCCAAGCAACUUAUUCAGAGCUUUGAGCGUGCACUGUUCCCUCACAGUCAAAGGAUCUGAGACAGUCUCUGGUUCAGCCACCCAUUUUUCAUAUUGCAGGUUUCACCACAGAAGGUGUCAAGAUUUAAAAGUCCCUGCACGAGGCUUGCAACUGAGGGAGAAACUAAUUAAUUGUUACAGGAUAUGAUUCAUUUCAGUUUGUUCACUCAAAAGAUUUGUUCUUUUGAAAGAAUCAGUAGUAAACAACAAAACAGGUCUGUGAACCUAGUCCAAAUAACCUCUACUUAUUUUCCAAAAUAAAAGACGAAAGGUGAUCAUCUCACAUUUCAGACAGUAAUGCUUCACACACUCAUAAUGAGAUUAAUAUAAAGUUGCUGUGGUGGAAUUGGGCCUCCUGACCGCCCCAGGGUAGAUCACACUGUUGUACAGUAGGAGGAACUAAGUUGGCUAUAAUUAAUUUAACACAUUUUACCUCAGUGCCAGCUGUUUCUCCAAAUGCACUGCAUCAGAAAUGCUUCCUAUGGUAUAUGAGCAGAUGUUUCUGAUUCUUGAUUUUUUGUGUAUUUAGGCUCUGUUUAAAUGGACAUUUUGAAAAAUUGUUUUAAGUUUUUAAGUUAAGUUUCAUUUGUAAAACAAGCACCACUGUUGUUUAAACACCCAGACACCACCUGGUUGAGAUGGAAGAUUGUAUAAAUUUGUGUAAUGAUGUCAGUGAAUCCAUGAGGUACAUGCUAGAUUGAUGCCAAAAAUCAGAAGGAAUAAACAAAGUUUUAUACAUGA